GCCUCGGACACUUAAGUAGCUGUCGGUUUGGGAUAAGCCGAAAUGGCACGCGUCCUCACUGCAUUUGAUCACCUUAAUCACACCAACCAGAACCUUCACUUAUAACAAACCCAUUCCCCCCCAGCCUUCUUCUACCUCCGCCGUUGCCGACACAAUCCUAUACCAUCGUCACCGCAUCCGCCGCCGCCGUGGGCCGCCCUUAUCGAUGCUUCCCGUUUCUGACCCACCGCCUUUCUCUAAACCUAAGAGCGCGGAUAUUUUAGAUCGUAAGCACUCGGUCUUCACCUCUCUCAAACCCUACCUCUCCUUUCACCACAACCGCCGCGCAUGGUUCUUCCUCUCCGUUUUGCUUCUCCAGCUCCUCCUCCUCCUCUCCGCUCCUUCCCUCCCUUUCUCUCUCUCCGCCGCCACCGCUCCCACUCCCCACUCUUCCGCCGCCCUCCCCAACAUCACUUAUAGCAGUCGCGCUGCCGGAGAACAGGCUUCGGCCGAGGGGAUUCUGAAUAAUCCUAAAACUGAAGAGAAAUGCCCUUACGGGGAAGUGUAUGUUUACGAACUUCCGCCGCUAUUCAAUACCGAAAUAGUGAAAAACUGCGAUAAUUUGAACCCAUGGUCGUCCCGCUGCGACGCGCUUUCGAACUCGGGGUUCGGCAAAGCCGCCACCGGAAUUUCGAGAAUCGUACCGGAGAAGGUGCGCGGCGCGUGGUUUUGGACUGAUCAAUUUUCGCUCGAGGUAAUUUACCACAACCGAAUGCUGAACUAUCGGUGCAGAACCCUAGAGCCGGAAUCCGCUGCGGCCUUCUACAUACCCUUUUACACUGGACUCGCGGUCGAAAGGUUUCUCUUCACCAGAAAUUCCACCACCGAAGAACGCGAUCGGCACUGCAAUUUGAUGCUAAAUUGGGUGAGUGAUCAGCCAUUCUUUAAGAAAUCAUACGGUUGGGAUCAUUUCAUUACUGUAGGCAGGAUAUCGUGGGAUUUCCGCCGGUCGAAGGACGGAGACUGGGGUUCCAGUUGCAUUUACAUGCCGAAGAUGCGUAACAUCACGCGCUUGUUAAUCGAGAAAAACCCUUGGGACUACUUCGACGUCGGUGUGCCAUACCCCACCGGUUUCCACCCCGGGUCAGUUGCCGAUGUCACACUCUGGCAAGAUUUCGUCCGCAGCCGGGAGCGCCACACCCUCUUCUGCUUCGCCGGAGCAACUCGCGGUUUCAUAAAGAACGAUUUCAGGGGAAUUCUCCUCAGCCAAUGCUACUCCGAGCCUGGCUCAUGCCGGGUCGUGGACUGCGGCGGUUCAAAGUGCGCGAAUGGCAGCUCAUCAAUCCUUGAAACUUUCCUUCACUCCGACUUCUGCUUACAGCCGAGAGGGGAUAGUUUUACUCGGCGUUCAAUCUUCGACUGCAUGGUAGCCGGCUCCAUCCCGGUCUUUUUCUGGCACCGGACCGCUUACCUCCAGUACCAGUGGUUCUUGCCGGGCGAACCGGAAAGUUACUCGGUUUUCAUAGACCGGCAUGAGGUUCAAAAUGGGACCUCAAUAAAGAGUGUGCUUGACAAGAUUAGUAAAGAGAAGGUGAAAAGCAUGAGGGCGAAAGUGAUUGAAUAUAUACCAAAACUCAUAUAUGCCAAUUCUGACCAAGGAUUGGAGGGCAUUGAUGAUGCAUUUGAUGUUGCUGUGGAGGGGGUCUUGAGGAGAAUUAAGGAACAAGAAGGAGGGUACAAAUGGAAAUGAAUAAAAAUGGGGGAUUUAUUUAUUGGUGGUAAGUAGAAUAUUGUUCUUGAUGUAAUUUCUUAUUAUUCUUGGAGGUUAGAAAAUUUGAUGAGAGCAGCAGCCAUACAUUAGUUAUUUUGAGAAGUUUGAUUGUGGAUACAUGUAAUAUACUUUUAUGUCUUACCCCUUAUUUUGUAUUAGUACACGACCAUACAAUUCAUAACCGAAAUAAAGAAUAAUGAGAGAUUUUUUAUGUUA